GCCCUCAUCCUUCGAGCGGUUCGAUAUCCGCACGCCUAAGGAAAGCGGCUGAUAGGAGCGCGCCUGCAUUUCCUUCCCCUUACCUGGCUAAUUCUCAGUUUCACUUCCGGUCCCUAAUUUCCGGUCCUUCCCAUUUUUUUUUUCCUUCCGACAGGAAAAUCUGUAGUGAGGGUCAGUUAAAUUUUUGGUUCCCGGUAAGGUUGUCUUCUGCUGAGGCCCGGAAGCUCCCUGGACUGGAGCCGCGCGGCCUGAGGGCAGCGCCCUCACUAGCAGCAUGGCCCGAAAUGCAGAAAAGGCCAUGACGGCCUUAGCAAGAUUUCGCCAAGCUCAAUUGGAAGAGGGAAAAGUGAAGGAACGAAGACCCUUCCUUGCCUCGGAAUGUACUGAGCUGCCCAAAGCUGAGAAGUGGAGACGACAGAUCAUUGGGGAGAUCUCUAAAAAAGUGGCUCAAAUUCAGAAUGCUGGUUUAGGUGAAUUUCGAAUUCGUGACCUGAAUGAUGAAAUUAACAAAUUGCUGAGAGAGAAAGGACACUGGGAGGUCCGGAUAAAAGAGCUGGGUGGUCCUGAUUAUGGAAAAGUUGGCCCUAAAAUGCUAGAUCAUGAAGGGAAAGAAGUCCCAGGAAAUCGAGGUUACAAAUACUUUGGAGCAGCAAAAGAUUUGCCUGGUGUUAGAGAGCUAUUUGAAAAAGAACCUCUUCCUCCUCCGAGAAAGACACGUGCUGAGCUCAUGAAGGCAAUUGAUUUUGAAUACUAUGGUUACCUAGAUGAAGACGAUGGUGUUAUUGUGCCUUUGGAGCAGGAAUAUGAAAAGAGAUUCAGAGCCGAAUUAGUGGAAAAGUGGAAAGCAGAGAAAGAGGCCCGGCUGGCAAGAGGAGAAAAGGAAGAGGAGGAGGAAGAGGAGGAAGAGAUCAACAUCUAUGCUGUCACUGAGGAGGAGUCUGACGAGGAAGGCAGCCAAGAGAAAGGAGGGGAAGACGGGCAGCAGAAGUUCAUCGCUCAUGUCCCUGUGCCAUCGCAGCAAGAGAUUGAGGAGGCACUUGUUCGAAGGAAGAAGAUGGAACUCCUCCAGAAGUAUGCAAGUGAGACCCUGCAGGCCCAGAGCGAAGAGGCCAAAAGACUCCUGGGAUAUUAGGGCCGAGCAAGGGCUAUUCUUGGGGUCUGGAAAUCUGCUAGAAGUCCUUCAGCCCCAGCUGGAUUCUGCUGUCCUUGGAUUGCAGGCUGGCAGGCUAGUGCUGUCAGGCUUCCUGCUACUUAUGAUCAUUUAUUCAUCUCUUAUCUUUCUGACUUCAUCUACUAAUGUUGGGAGGAGUCUGCCCUGUGCCUCCCUGGCAGGCUGUCUACAUGCUAAACACUUUAGCCAUCACCUUUGUACGCGUUUUGCUACUGUAUGAAUUCACUUUUUGUUAUCUUGAUAUGCGAAAUGGGCUGCUAACUGGUUGCUUAUAAAUGUUUUAUUUAGCCUUCUACUCUCAUUGGGUGGGGAGGGUGAUCAAUUAGUGACCAUCAUUAAAAAAAUGUAGUUUUUAUUAAAAAGACAUCUUUGUAACUCCUCUUGAAAAAUGAGAUUUGUCAACCCUGAGCCUAAAUCCCGUGUGUCAGCAGCCAGCCAGAGCUGUCCCUUUUGGGCAAGGCACAGUUCUUUAUGGCCAACUCGGCCUGGCUCAUUCCCUCUUGCUCAGAUGGCAGGAAGUUGAGUUUGCUAAUUCUAUUUUUUGACUGGUUCUGCAGAGAUAUUUUUAUUAAAAGAUUUUUAUAUAUGG